AUGCAGGCCCCUACAAAGCCGCCCAGGCUAGAAACACAAGACACGGAAAUCCACCCCAUGGAGCCUAUGGAUCCCAUGAACCAGGAUGGUUCGCAGAGCCAUAAGACAGCGACCGUGUUGGACGACAGUGAUAUGCACCGCAUGGGAAAGGUUCAAGAAUUAAAACGAAACUUGCGACCUGUGGCGGCAUUGAGUUUUGCAUCGGUCCUACAGGCAACCUGGGAGUUCAUUCUGAUUUCCAAUUCGCAAGGCCUCGAGAAUGGCGGCCUACCUGGCUUGUUUUGGUCCUACAUCUGGACGUUUAUCGGGUUUGGAUUCAUCAUCGCCUCAUUAUCGGAGAUGGCGUCCAUGGCUCCAACCUCGGGAGGACAGUAUCAUUGGGUGUCGGAGUUUUCCUCCCCGCGAUAUCAAAAGUUCCUGAGCUAUAUCACCGGUUGGAUGUCGGUGUUGGCCUGGCAAGCUGGCUCGGCUUCGGGCUCUUUUUUGACGGGCACGAUCAUCCAGGGCUUGAUCAGCGUCCGCAAUCCAGAUUAUGUGUCGGAAAACUGGCAGGGCACGCUCUUCGUCUUUGCCAUGGUCCUAGUAAUCUAUAUCUUCAAUGUCUACGCGGCAGACCUCAUGCCCGUUCUGAACAACCUCCUGAUGAUUCUCCAUGUCCUGUCGUGGACAGUGGUUCUCAUCGUACUCUGGGCCAUGGCUCCCCAUCAGUCGGCGGAGGCGGUUUUCAUCACGCAAUGGAAGAACCUGGGCGGCUGGUCAUCCAUGGGGAUCAGCGUUUUGAUUGGACAGAUCUCGGCCAUCUAUGGCUCUCUGAGUUCCGAUGCAACUGCCCACAUGUCCGAAGAAGUCAAAGACGCAGGCCGAAACGUGCCAAUCGCCAUUGCCUGGGGAUACUUCAGCAAUGGCAUCAUGGCCACCAUCCUACUCAUCUCCUUCCUAUUUGCGACCCCGUCUGUAGAAGACGCGCUUGAUGACAACACAGGCUUCCCCUUCCUCUACGUCUUCAAGAACGCGACUUCCGUUGCCGGCGUGAACGGCCUCACCGCAAUCAUCCUUAUCCCCGUGAUUUUCAGCAACAUCCUCUUUAACGCCUCGACCUCACGGCAGACAUUCGCGUUCGCCCGUGACAAGGGUCUCCCCUUUUCGCGGUGGAUCGGGAAAGUCGACGCACGGAGACAUAUUCCCGUGAACGCCAUCGGGCUGUCAUGUCUGUUCAGCUGUGCGCUGUCGCUGAUCAAUAUCGGCUCGCUGACGGCAUUCAACGCGAUCAUCUCGCUGAACGUCGCCGCGUUAAUGUACACGUACAUCAUCUCCAUCAGCUGCGUGAUCUACCGAAAAAUCUGGCUUCCCGGGUCACUCCCUCCGCGCCGCUGGGAUAUGGGGCGGUGGGGGUUGGCGGUUAAUAUUGUGGCACUGCUGUAUUCCUGCUUUGCCCUGUUCUGGUCUCUGUGGCCGAGUAAUUACCCGGUGACGGUGGAGAAUUUCAACUGGAGCGUGGUGAUAUUCGGAGGUGUGUUCUUCAUCAGCCUGGGCAUGUAUAUAGUCAAAGGACGGAAAGAGUACGCGGGCCCUGCAGUGAUUGUGCAGCGGUGA